AUGCCAAACAUUUUCAAUUUCAUUUUGCUGAUUUGUGUUUUCAUAGAAGUGAGCGAACAAACAAUACAGCUUGACAAAGACCAACAUACUCUUUGCGUGGAUUCUCGAAAAAAUGAUGAAAAAUGCGGUGCGCAUUGCUACAAAGUAGUGAAGCCUCUUUUACAAUAUGCUGUCCUGGUAAAAUCGAAGGAAAAACAGUUCGAUGAAUCACUGAUUAAAGUACAUGAUCUAGAAACGACUGUAAAACAUUUGGAGACGACUAUUAAGGAUAAGGAAAUCCAAUUGGAAUUGCAACUGGAACUGAGCAAUGCCUAUAAGAAAAAUAAUGAAAUUAAAGACGAGCUAUUAAUCGAAAAGAAUAAGCAAUUGCUGGAAUUACAGACGCAGAUCGAACGCCUAAAACUGAAUCAGAUCUCAGAAGCACAAGCUAAGAUCCUAAAUCAAUUGAAAUUGGAAGAACAAGUUGAGAUCUUCGAUCGAGGUAACGUCCUACAGAACGAUAAGAAUCAAUUGCAAAUAGAUAACUUAAAUUCCGCUUUUGUAAAUAACGAUAUCAGAGCAAAUCUUAAUGCUGCGAAAAUCGAUAAUCUGGAAGAAAAUCAUGAUUUCAUAAUUGAUAAAUAUCUGGGUAGCAAUUGUCUAGGAAAGUUGAGCGAUGUUUACCUGUUCAAGGUGCCUGGCAUAAAACACUUUGCGGUGCCCUGCGAUUCGAGUCUGGCUGGUUCCGCUGGUUGGACAGUGAUUCACCGUCGUCAAGAUGGCACCGAAAACUUUAACCGCAAUUGGGCAGAUUAUCGCUCUGGUUUCGGCAAUUUGCGUGGAGAGUUCUUCAUUGGACUCGAAAAACUGCACUUACUAACUAAAUCACAGCCACAUGAAUUGUACAUUUAUCUGAAUGAUUUCAAUAAUAACACUCGCUAUGCACGAUAUAGUAACUUCCUUAUUGGCAAAGAAACCAAUUCGUAUGAACUUGAAAGCUUAGGUGAAUAUUCUGGUACUGCGGAUGAUGCCUUAUUGCAGCACCUGAAUAGUAAAUUUUCCACACCUGAUCGAUCCGUUGAAAAGCCACUGAAUUGUGCGGAAAUUUAUAAAUCUGGCUGGUGGUUCAAUAGUGGAUGUUAUCUCUGUAAUCUUAAUGGACUCUAUAAUACACGGAAUGUUGACAAUUCAAAUGCAAUUGAAUGGAGAACUUGGCAUUUUAAACCACUUAAGUUUGUACAAAUGAUGAUCAGACCCAAAACUAAUUAAAUUUGUAAAAACACAAAAUGGACUUCUUCUCCAAAUAAA